ACGAAGAUAUUGUUGAAGGGGAAGAUGUAAUCUGCGCAGUUCUUUCAUCAGAAUUUUGACAGACAUUAACUAUUGCAGUAAACCAAUUUACUCGAGCCUUAGGGCUUCAAGCCCAGGCUCUCAAAGAAAACAACAAUAUGUCAGCCAGACUUAUAAUUUCAAAGGUGUGGAGGCAUGGAAAGCAGGUGGUUCAAAGUGCUAUCCGUAACAAAAUCGAAAAGCAGCCAGUUGCUGUCAGAGCAAAACCUGCUUACACCGUCAAGGCAACUCCAAUCCAGCCGAAACAACCACUGCUAAUAGGAAGACUCUUUCCACUUGUUUCCACGAGGACAUUGGCGAGUGAACUGCGUAGAAGAGCAGCUAUUCGUUUUGCACUACCAAAUCGACCAACACUUCUACCCACUUUCGCGUUGGCCUUUGCGGGAGUUGCUCUCCAACAACAGGAGGUGGACAAAGAUGAUUUGUCGUCCGAAGUCCGAGAUAUUUUCGGUGAGCGCCAAGAGAAAAGAUCCAUUCUUGACAACGUACAACAACUUUCACUGGGAGCCUUUGAUCUGGGGAAUCUAAUCGGCCAAGGUUGUAAUGCUGCAGUGUACGACGCAAAGUUGAAAUCACCUCAAUGUGAAGAAUUUGUUCAGCCAGCCCACUUCGAAGAUGACGACAACAACAGCAUUAUCUCCAAUGAAACAGACAUUGACAUCGUUGUCAUCGGCGAUGACGGUGAACUCUCCGACCUUGUGGAAAUGGAUGAUGACAUAGUCAUUCUUCCACAAAGACACGACCUUGACGACGAUGUCUUUAUUCAUGACUAUGGAAAUGAUGACAGUGACAUUGUCAUCAUUGGAGACCUGCUUGAUGAGGACACCGAGGAAGGUGUCUACGAUCAGGGGCAGGACAAUGAUUCCACAUUCAAUAAUGGUUCAGAGAGACAAGGGGAGACAACUGAACCAGACCCUGGACAUAACCUGAUUGGACAACAGAACAGUGAUGACUAUUAUCUAGCUAUAAAGAUGAUGUACAAUUAUGACAUCGAGUCUAACACUGAUGCCAUCAUGCGGGCAAUGCUGAAGGAAGCUGUCCCAGCAAGGACGUUGACCGUCGAUCAGGAUGAUCACCAGCUCUGGCAAAACGGGAACCGAGUGCGUCUGAAGUCGCUGCCUGGUCACCCUAACAUUGUGGAGAUGCUGGGCGUGUUUGUUGAUCCUCUGCCUGACCUGCCUGGUGCUCUGGAUAACUACCCAGCAGCUCUCCCUCAGAGACUGAAUCCUCAAGGUCUGGGACGCAACCAAACCAUGUUCCUUGUCAUGAAAAAGUAUGAUAUGACCCUAAGAGAGUUUUUAGCACAAGAGGAGUUAUCUCCCCGUAUCAGGUGUCUUCUUCUCUGUCAGUUGUUAGAGGGCACUGUUCAUCUGCGACAACACAGCAUUGCACACAGGGACCUGAAGAGUGAUAACAUCUUAUUGGAUUGUCAUAAUGAGGCAACUGCCCCUCAUCUUGUGAUCAGUGACUUCGGAUGCUGUCUAGCUGAUGAGGAAAAUGGUUUACAGCUUCCUUACCCAACAGAUGAGAUCAACAAAGGUGGAAACGGGGCUUUGAUGCCGCCAGAGAUAUCUUGUACAACACCAGGACGUAAAGUGAGGUUAGACUUCAGUAAGUCUGACCUGUGGGCAGUGGGAUCACUUGCCUAUGAAGUGUUCGGCCAGGACAACCCAUUCUACGGUGGUGCCAGGAUAACUAGGAAACUUGAUGGGAGAACCUACCAAGAUACUGACAUCCCAUCUAUGUCAGGUGACGUCCCUGAUGUCGUCAGGUUCCUUGUUCCUAGGAUGCUUCGUCGUAAUCCAAAUCAGAGACCUGAACCAGAAAUGGCUGCAAAUCUGCUCCAGAUCUACUUACACUUCCCUGAUUGGUUAGAACCUGGAAACCGACCAUCAAAAAAGCACAUCACUGAAAGUUUGAUGAUACUUGUCACGCAGAUUCUGAUUGGCUGGAAACUGAGAGGUGAAAGGUCAUUUACAGUAGAGAAACAACUACAGUUGACCUUUCUUAGGAGAUUGGUCAUCUCCGAUUUAGAUCAGGCUAUGGCUUAUUACCAUGGAAAAUAGCUUUGGAAAUACUUGGAUACUUUACUGUAAUGGAAUUGUCCUGUGGUUCCGAUUAGAGAGCAAGACAUAACGGCACUGUUUGGAAAAUGUUACUUACCGUGUUAUGUUGUUCCCUGUUUACUUUUACUAUGUGAUAGACUCUAGUAUAAUGUUUAUGUUAUUUUCUCUGUCAUUUUGCUUUUUAUAGAAUAAAUCAAUAUUUUAAAAUUUAGUGGUAGAAGAACAAUUAAUAAUGUAGAAAACAUAAAACAUUACUUUAAUUAAAUGGCUGUUUGUGAUAUUAUUUAGAAAUUGUGUAACUGUACACCAAUGGUUAUUUAGAUGUAUUGUAAGGUGGAGAUAAUUCCUCACUGAUAAUGAAAAAGUGUGUACUUGUUCUAAAGAGGACAGACGAUGAUGAAGAAAUACAUUCUGUGAGUUCUGUUGGCCAGAACAUGUUCAGAAGUUUGUGAUACUCUCUUUAAGUGCUUCAUAUUUGACAAAACUGUUAUUUACUGUAAUUUGUUAUUUUUUUUGUGGAAAAAUAAACGCAAGUUUCUUAUUGUUCCUA